AUGGUACUGAGCGCCAUAGCAUUCUUCUCUAGUGUGCUGUACUGCACAACUGUGCUGGCUGCUCCUAAUCAAAUUUCCUACGGCUUGAAGCCCAACGAUCGCUUCUUCGCCACAUCCGAUGGAAAACCAUUCUUUUGGCAGGCUGACACAGCUUGGUUGCUUUAUCAGAAUUUGAAUCUGACGGAAGCUAAAACAUAUAUUGAUGAUCGAGCUACCAAGGGGUUCACGGUCAUCUUGACGGCAGCUCUUUUCCAGGAAGGUCUUAAGACCCCCAACCGCCAGGGCGAUCUGCCCUUCAUCAACCAGGACUUCUCAAAGCCCAAUGAACCGUACUGGCAGCACGUCGACACCGUAAUUGAAUAUGCAUGGCAGAAGCAAGUUCGCAUCGCCCUGGUCCCAGCCUGGGGAAACUUGAUUCACACGAAUGAUAAUUUACCCGGUCCGGUCAACCAAAGCAAUGCUUUUGAUUUUGGACAAUGGAUUGGAAAGAGAUAUCCGGGCCUUCCCAAGAUGCUCGUUGGGGACACCAAUCCAUACUGGAUGAAUAAGACAGCCGUCAAGGCAAAUUACGCAUUAGGCGGUGCCUAUCCAGCUCAAAAGGUAACCGACUUUAGCGAUGUGUAUGAGGCACAGGCUGCUGGUCUCGUUAGCGGGGAAGGUAAAGGUGCCAUGAUAACGAUACACUGCACGAAUCAGUGGUUCGAAGGAGGCCCUUUGGCAUUGGCUUCAUCGUUCUUUGGUCACCGUUCAUGGCUUACAUUCGAUACUUCACAAUCUGGACACUCAGAUUUCCCUCCAAACCCGCCGAUUCCUUGGUGGAAUGCCAGACGAGGGUACGAACCGGUCGAGAUAAUGUACAAGGUCCACCAAAAGCGACCUAUACUUGACAACGAGCCACAUUACGAAGGGCGAUACAACAAUGCUAAGCAAGGAAAUGCAUACUGGAACGCUUCAAAUGUACGAAUUGGGAGCUACCAAGCUGUGUUCUCCGGAGCCUCGGGAGUGACGUACGGCUCUGACAACGUUUGGCAAAUGUACAUUCCCGGGUUGUCAGAGCCUACAGGCUCAGGUCCUACGAGGAGCUGGGCAGAAGACAUCUCGCUACCGGGCUCGUCGCAGAUCCAGUACGUCAAGAAAGUAAUUCUCGACCGAAAAUCGUACUUCACUCGAGUACCUGCGCAGGAAAUCAUUAUUGGAGAUAAUGGAAGUGGGGAAGAGCAUGUCACCGCAACCAUUGAUGGCGCUGGUGGAUUUAUUCUUGUCUUCACUCCAAUCUCGGUUCCUUUUACCAUCUCGACAACUAGUUUGAGAUCGCGACGACCCAAAGCCUCCUGGUACAAUCCCUUGAAUGGUGAGUAUAUGGUCUUUGCAUUAGAUGGCUCUCUAAAGUCUACCGAGACGUUUACUCCACCUACUGCUCCAGACCAUUCGGACUGGGUGCUUGUACUGGAGGGCUAGCAGAUAAUACAUCUCUGCAAUUUAGCAAUCGAGUCCGAAAGAAAUAAACGCAUUUCGCUUGAUAACAGACCGUUCAUAAAAUAGUGUAGAAGUAUAAGACGUGCUCACUCCGUGAUUGGUUAAUCAAUCUGCAGUAUAAUGUAUAUCCUAAUCACGAUUCAGAAAGUAAUACAGGACAAUAGUGACCAACACAUACUACGUGCAAGAGUUGAGCAUUGGUACAUGCUGUACUCUGUACAUACGAAAGUAGGGACACACGUCUUUUCAAAUUCA